UUGUCGUCGUCCAAAGUUCGACGUGGGCUCGGUCGCUAUGUGACGUCCAGGCUGCAGUGGGCCAACACCAAAUAUGAAGGCUUCCUCAAAAGGCGAUUUCCACGCUUUUAUCUUCUCUACCACACGUUUAUGGAAGGUGGGAGUGAAAGUCUUACCCAAGUGCCAAGUUUCUCGGUUCCAAACAAGUUUUAAAGCGGGUCAGGAGCCACGUCGUCUUCAAUCUUGCCCAAGUCACAACACGAAUUCUUCACACCUCAUCCGCUGUUGUACACGUUAUCUAUACGAUUCAAGCUUCUUUUCCGAGAUGCCAAAGACGUCAGCGGGAUCAAAACGAAGAUGUCGAGUGACGGAAUCAAGUUCCAAGAUUUGCCCUACAGGGAAAUGGAGAAACUCAGACAGUUUCGUCGAGACCUGAUAAAAGGCAUCCCGCUGGUCUUGAUCUCGCUUCCCCCCUUUGCCAACUACCUGGUCUUCAUAUUAAUGUACUUUUUCCCCCGCCAGCUGCUGAUCCCUCAUUUCUGGACUCCAAAGCAGCAGGUGGAGUUUCGUCAGUUGUACCAUUCGCUCAGGGCCCGGCGCCACUGGCCCGUCCUGCGGGGGGUCCAGCGUGUGAGCGGCCAGGUGAAGGAUUCUCAGCUCAGGAGUCGCCUUCGCGGCCUGUGCGCUCAGGUACAAAACGGAGGAAACCCCAAAGUGUCGGAAAUCCUCGCGGUGCAGAGUCUGUUUUCCGGGUCUCCUCUGGGCUUAAGCAAUCUUACCGUGGAUCAAAUGAGAGACAUAAGCCCUCUGCUCUUCCUGACACCCCACCUCCCCGGCUUCCUGAUUGGCCGCCGGCUGACCAAUCACGCCUUGGAGGUGCUCCACCUGGACCGAGCCCUCAGCAGGCUGGGCCCGCACCAGCUCAGCGACUCCGAAGUGAGACAGGCUUGCUACUUGAGGGGCCUGAACUCGGAUCGUCUCGGUGUCAACCAGUGUCGAGUGUGGUUGCACCAAUGGCUUCAGAUGUCCUCCUCCCUUAAAGACUCUGACGUUUCCCUCCUUUUGCACUGCCUCGUGUUCCUCUCCGCCAACUACCCGGACAAUAUCAGCCACCCGUGACAAGAACCCCGGGAGCUCUCCUCCUCCUCCUCCUCCUCCUUCUUUGAAGGACGUCUUAAAGAGCUGUCAGCGUUUAUUUCUCUCAAGGGGGGAAACCACUUCAAAAUGGAGUUUUUCUUGGAAAGAUUUUCAGAUUUCAAAGUCUCGAAUUGCCGAGUUUACGUCAAAGCUUACAAAUUAUGUCAAGCGUCUUGUCAGUGUUUGAGAAGUGUUUACGUCGACUUUGCAGAAUAGUUUACACGUUUCGCAGACUGAAACUCAAAAGUCCGUCACUGGGAAUGCAUCACGGGUUUCUUUACUUGAUUAUGUUGAAAGUGCUCAGCUUCGUUUUUGCGUAUUUUACCCAAAUGUGUGCACAUAUUUAUUUUCAAACAUUACGUAUGGGAACAAUAGCAAAAAAGCUGUUAAAUCCGAAGAAGACUGGGGGACAAAAAAAGAUUACUUGCAUGGUUGUGGUAAAAUAUUAUUUUUUGAUCAAAAUAUUGUUUGGGCUGAAGUGAAGACAACUGAUGGGGGGGGGGGGGGGUUGACCUAUGACUGCCUUCUGCAAGGACUUACAUUUCAUAUUUUUGCUGUAUAUUUGCUCACGUGCCAUAUUGAAAUGAAUAUCCAUAAAAUAAAAUAAAAUAAACGUUUACUCUGGAAAACCAGUUUGGAUGUAAAGGUUCUUUAAUAAAAACAAACUCGGAACCAACAAGCGUUAAAAACAAAAAUCCAAAAAUUCUUACUGCAAACAAGCGAAGAAUUUUGUCAAUUAUCAAGAAAAAUGGCAACAAACGGAGACGGUGGUGUAGGAGAAAGACCUUGCGUGCCUAUCAAACCACAAAAAAAAUCCUGACCUAGGCAAAGAUGAGGCUAAAAGGGACGAGAGAUUGAGAGAUUGUUCUGUGCACUAUUUUCUUCCCCCCCCCCCC